AUGAUCCCCCUUCUCAAUUUGCUCACUCAAAUACACGCCGAAACUUUGAGCAGAGAGUUUUGCGGCCACGGGGCCCUUCCAGAAACGUCCAGCACAGACUCGGGAGCGGUUUCUGGAGGGGUGACGGAAGCAGCGACGAAGAGGCCCCGCGGCGCCAGCUGGAAGCGGUUCGAUCCUUCGAAAGUCGAUGUGUCGAACUUUUCACCUGCAACAAUGGCGUCCGCGGUGGUUCUCGCUUCCUCUGCCUCUACCUUCCUUGCGGCACCUCUCGCCAGCGCUCCCUCAGCCUCUCACAGGCGCGCCACCGCCUGCAAAGUUACCUGCAGCUCUGAGGAGCGCAGGAAGGUAGCAGUCAGCAUUGCCGCCGCCGCGGCUGUCGCUUUCCUUGCAGCAGGGCCCGUUGUUGAACCCGCCCAGGCAAAGGACAUCCCCCUCUUCGGGCUCAAAAAGAAGGCUACUAAGGCUGUAGACAAUGCGGUAGAAAAUGCAAAGGAGGCGUCCGGAAACUUCUUCGACUCUUUCUCUGCUCCCUCUUUCUCGGCUCCCAGCGUAAAGGUGUCAACGCCAGAGGACAAGUUGACGAAGGCGGGGGCGGUCGUUGUUGCUGACGUGGUCGCGCUGCUGGUUGCUUCUUCAGUAGUCAGCGGUCUCCUGAAGCCAAGCUCGUAGAUCUGGUUAGGUACGGUGUUGAGUCAGAGCAGAUCUGUGUUGGAGAAGGGGAGGGGUAAAAGGGCUGAGCAGAUCUAGGUAAGGGACGGAGGGAUGGAGGAGGCCAGAAUGCAGCAAUGAGAGCUGUUGGGGUGCGCAAUGUGGGGCAUCAGCAUGCAAGGGGCGUGGAAAAGGGAGGUUGGCUUCUUGAUGUGCGGACGUCGGUACCACAGCCUUGAGUAGGGAGGCCAUUAGCAAAAGAGAGCUGGCAGUUUUGACAGGCAGGGUUUUGAAUCCAGCAAGUGCCGCAAAUGCGGUUGUAACUCUGGGGUUUUACUGACACAUCUGACAUUGAACAGUCCUGGUCCAUGGAAUAAACGCAAUAAAGUACUCUGCCUGUU